AUGGCAGCCCAGACCGUCUACCCCGAAAGCCAUGUUGGUUUCGACAGCAUCACCUCCCAGAUCGAGCGCAAGCUCCUCAAGAGAGGGUUCCAGUUCAAUGUCAUCUGCGUUGGCCAAACCGGUCUCGGCAAGUCGACUCUGAUCAACACCAUCUUCGCCUCCCACCUGAUCGAUUCCAAGGGUCGCAUGCUCCCCGACGAGCAGAUCCGCAGCACCACCGAGAUCCACCCCGUCUCCCACAUCAUCGAGGAGAACGGCGUCCGGCUGCGGCUCAACAUUGUCGACACGCCCGGCUACGGAGACCUCGUCAACAACGACCGCUGCUGGGACCCCAUUGUCAAGUACAUCAAGGAUCAGCACUCUGCCUACCUACGCAAGGAGCUUACUGCGCAGCGUGAGCGCUACAUCCAGGACACCCGCAUCCACUGCUGCUUGUUCUUCAUCCAGCCCUCUGGUCACUCCCUGAAGCCCAUCGACAUUGUCGUCCUCAAGAAGCUCUCUGACGUCGUCAACGUCGUCCCCGUCAUUGCCAAGGCCGACACCCUUACUCUUGAGGAGAGACUCGCCUUCAAGGAGCGCAUCAAGGAGGAGUUUGCCUUCCACAACCUCAAGAUGUAUCCCUACGACAACGAUGAGCUCGAUGACGAGGAGCGCAACAUCAACACACAAAUCAAGGGCCUCGUCCCAUUUGCCGUCGUCGGCUCCGAGAAGUCCAUGGUUGUCAACGGCAAGCAGGUUCGCGCUCGUGCCAACAGAUGGGGCAUCAUCAAUGUCGAGGACGAGCAGCACUGCGAGUUUGUUUACCUCCGGAACUUCCUGCUCCGCACACACCUGCAGGACCUCAUCGAGACCACCUCGCAAAUCCACUACGAGACCUUCCGUGCCAAGCAGCUCUUGGCACUGAAGGAGAGCAGCGCCCAGGGCCACGGCAGCCGGCCCAUCAGCCCUGCUGCCGACCGGGAGAUGAGCAGGAGCUCCCAGCGCAUGACCAUGAACGGCUACUAA